AGGUUUGUACAAGAAGUCUGGAAAACUUGUGUUCCUGGGCUUGGAUAACGCAGGCAAAACCACUCUGCUGCACAUGCUCAAAGACGACAGGCUGGGUCAGCACGUCCCAACGCUACAUCCCACAUCAGAGGAGCUGACGAUCGCUGGAAUGACCUUUACGACUUUUGAUCUGGGUGGACACGAACAAGCUCGCCGGGUCUGGAAGAACUACCUGCCUGCCAUCAACGGGAUCGUCUUCCUGGUGGACUGUGCGGAUCACUCGCGUCUCAUGGAAUCCAAAGUCGAGCUGAAUGCGCUAAUGACAGAUGAAACAAUAUCCAACGUGCCAAUCCUUAUCCUGGGUAACAAAAUCGACAGACCGGAGGCCAUCAGCGAGGAGAAACUGCGGGAGAUCUUUGGACUCUACGGACAGACCACGGGAAAGGGGAACGUGCCGCUGAAGGACCUGAACGCACGCCCCAUGGAGGUGUUCAUGUGCAGCGUGCUGAAGAGGCAAGGCUACGGCGAGGGCUUCCGUUGGCUAUCGCAGUACAUUGACUGAUAACUGGGACGGACACGAGAGUGUUAACUCCUCUGGACUGAUCCUGUUCACAGCUUCCUAUGGACUUUUCUAUUAGAACACGGAAGGCUUUCCAACUGCCUGCUGGCAUUGACCAAGAGACUCCUGUUUUUUCGGCUGCCCUAUCGCACAGUGGUGACACAACUCUUUUCCACGUGACGGGGAGACGGCACCGUUCCGCACGCGGGUGCGAGUUGUUCCCUUUCAGUUCGGUUACAGCGGGGCCGGUGUGAUCUGGGAAGUAAAACUCUGCACGCUGCACUGUUAACAGCUGAAAAAGAGAGCACGUCUCACCACUGUGGUUAAUUGACUUAAAAAAAAAAAGAAAAAAGCAAUUAUAUUUUUUAAAGAAAAGCGUUAAUGUAAACAGCGUCCCUUCUGACUUUUUAGUUUAACGUUCAUCUUGUUUGGUCCAGAGCCUGGUUAGGGUUUUUUUAAAAAUAUAUUUAACGAUAUUUAGAUAUUUCACAAAUUACUGAACCGAGGUAUCAUGGUAUUA